GCUGCCCCUGCGUGUCUGCGGAGCGCCCGCGAACCUUCCCGCCUCACCUGCGCCCGCGUGAGACGGCGGCGCUUCUCCCUCCGAGGCGACUGAGUUCAUUCUGUCCGAGCCAGCCCAGAAGAGCCGCGUCCUUUCUUCCUCCUCCUGAUUUAUGGACUGCGGUGCUCUGCAGCGGGCGGGGGAGAAUCUCUCAUUCCAGCCCGACGACAACAACAGCCCUGUGGGGUAGGCUGCGCUGGCAGAGCGUGCCUGCCCCAAGCCACUCCGCGAGUUCUGCGCUUCAGCGAGGACUUGAAUCGGAUCCCAUCGGGAUCUCAGAACGUGGCGGGGAGGAGCUUUGGAGUCGCUGAGAGGAAGAACUUAACACGGGGGACGCUGCUUCACACGUGCACAGAGUCCUGGAGAAGCUGCCAGCCCCAAUUGGUCCCAGAGACAUCGUAAAGAUCCACGAAACUCAACAGAUACAGAUCAGAUCUGGCAGAUGGGGCAUGUUACAAGUCCCGUCUAGGAAGGAGUUCCAUCCGGCAGGACCCAGGAGGAGAACCUUUUUUGCCAUGGUGCCCAUCCUGUGGACCACCAUCCCACCUGAGGUUAGACGGGCCCCAACCUUGUUGACCGAAGUCCCUGAAGACAUAGUUGCGUCAUCAGGCCUGGGGAUCCCUUGGAGGUGGAGAGCCUUCAAGAUGGCUGUAUUGUUUAUGAGCGAUGCCCGUGAGGUUAAAAUCAUGGUCCUGCAACUCCCUCUGAUCUGUUGAUACUGACAAAGAAGAAUCCAGAUGGGGUGCAAGUGCUGUAAGAUGAUUAAAAGCUACAUCUUUGAUCCCCAGGAAGUACAGACAGCUGCAAACAUCAGUGAGAUAAAUAACUACAAGUCCGAUGAGGAAGAAAGAGGGAAAUUCCAGUGCCAGCAGAGCAGUGACGUUCAGGACCAUAAAAAUGAACUCCAGAACACUGAAACACAGCUAGCAGCAAACCAGCCCAGAUUAAACCUCACAAGGGAUGCUCUUUGGAAUUACCGACUCCCUGCUCUUCAAGAGAAAGGACUUGGAAACUCCGUAGAAAAAUGUAGCAUUAACGGGAUCCAUUUCUUCAGUGGCAUGAAUCUCGGUACCUCUCAUAAUAAAAGCCAGUUUAAAGAGAUUAACCCGCAGAUCUGUUCUGUUCCGCUACCUGAUUCUCCAGGCAAAAGAGUAUGUGAUAAACGUGAGAUCCUUGAUUCUGAAAAUCACCCAAAGCAGUCUUUGGAAACUUCAGAUACUGUCCACAGGGAGGAUUCUCAGAGCACUGCUGAACACAUUCUUUCCAUACAAUGUGCCAUAUCGGAGGUCCAAGACAAAGACUUUCACUUGGGUCAUCCAUCUUCUCUCCCCAAAGCCAACCACGCUGAGAAACAAAGAGUUGUUGGAAACGAGAACCUGUCAAACCACCUUGUUCAAAUCAACCAAAGCACUGAAAGCACAACGAUCCUCCAUAACUGGAAUCUGCCAUGUUGCGAGUCUGAUGAAGGCGACAGUUUCUGGAGGACGGGCCCUUUAAGCAUCUGUUUCAAAGACAAAAUAUCCACUGAGAUCCUCUUUGGAGGGAACGAGGGAGACCCAGCACAGGAAGCUAGAUAUGAUGGCCACACCAAGGUUAAUGGAGAACUAGAGGAAGAUGCAGACGUCGCAGAGGCUCUUGCAGCCCUUGAGGCUGCUACGGAGGAGGAGGAGGAGGAGGAGGAGGAGGAAGACAAUUAG